GGCCGGGCCGGUGUUGCUGGGAUGCCGAAGAAAUAAGGGAAAGGCUCGAGUCCGGCGCUGUGUCCCUGGCUGGGCCGCUGAGGCGCGCGGAGCCCACCCCGCCGUUUCUAGGGCAGGGACUCAGCCCGGGGAGCCUAGAGACUCGGUGGCGCCCGUUCCCCGCCGCCCCGAGAGAAGGUCCCGACGGCGGCGCGGGGCCCGAGGCAGCCGCCGCUCACUCCACCUCAGCCCUCGGGCAGGACGGCUUCCUGCGGGCGGUGAGAUCCGGGCCCCAGCGCUGGCUGGCCUGUGUGGUGUGCAGGGGAGGGUCUGAGCGCUGGGUCGCUGUCACUUCAGGCUUAGUGGUCCCCAUUAUUUGUACUAUGGAAGCGCCUAGAUCCCACAAGGGCAGGGACCCGUUGCUGUAGGUAGUGUCGUAGGUCCACAUAGUAAGAGACCAGUCCCUGCCGUGACAAGAUUACAGUUGAAAUAGAGAAGACAGGCCCAGGUGGAGGAAGAAAAGACCGGUAUCCCCAUUUAACCCAUGGAAAAUAGGAGCAGAGAAAGAUGAAAUGUCUUGUCUAAGGUCAUGCAGGAAAUCAGCCGUAGAUCUCCUAUGGUCCAGUAGUGCCUGAUCAACAAGGGAUCAUCUUCCUUUUGUAAUUCUUCCACAGGCACACAUGGAUUCUCCCCAUAAAAAACUCACUAGUGCCUCUACUGACUCUUACGGUGACCUUUCUAUAGGCAACACAGAAAUGGGGGAAACUGACAAAAACAAAGACCUGGAAACUCAGUUUAGCCACAUCAGAUUCCUAAAGAAAAAGCAGCAUGGACAAAGAAACCAGCUGAACCAGAAUACUAGUGCCAUGCAGGAGGGGAACAAGCAUGUUGCAAAAAAACCUCUGGAUACAGCCUCACAGGUGAGGUCAAGUGCCAUUCUGAGAAAGCUAGCACAGAUAGAAAGCAAGAUCAUGACCCGAAAGGUACAGAUGGAUUUUUCUGAUACUGAGCUGGACCUGAAGAUUUUGGAUGAUAAGAACUUAUCAGCUAGAUCCAGCCUGGAGGAGAGUGCAAGAGGUAGCAGGUAUCUGAAGAAAAAUGACACAGUCAAGGAAAAUGUAACAUUGAGUAAAGUCCAUUUCAAGGGAAAAGGUAGCUGCCAGACAACAAAAAACAAAGUGCCAAUUAGAAAACAGCUUAGUCUAGAUAGUGAUGAAGAGGAAAUGAGACAAUUACUAGGGAGCUCUUUGGAGUUUUCCAGUGAAAAUGAGAACCAGAAGGAUGUCACCAAUUUUUCUAAACCUGAUGGAAAGUUAUUCAUGAAGUCCAAGAUGAAGAGUCCAUCAAGAACAUCUUUUCCACCCAAAAAACAGUCUUCUUUGACAAACCUAUUUAGUGCUCCUUUGCUACUUAGCAGAAGUUCUCAGAAAAGAACCUCUGAUAGAAUUAAUUCACAAACUCCCUCUCCACCAAGUAGAAAUUUGCCAAGACUAACUAGUAUGUCUUUUCAAUCACCAACUCCACUAAAAGACAGCAUUGCAGAGACAGCUUCACUUAGAACGAACCACAUCAAACAAAGUCAGGUGUCCUUGUCUGAAAGGAGUGAAAUCAAGUCUUUGGAUGAGUUGUUUUCAAAAGCAGCAGAUACAGAAGAUGCAACCAGUGAAAGUUCCAAUGACUUCAGAUUAAAUAUUUUGAGCAUUGAUGAUUUGGCUCCAAAUGUUUCUGGUGAUAGAGAAGCAUUAAAACAAAUGGAGACAGACAUUCAAAUGACUAAAAAAUCAAACAAGGACUCAGAACCAAAUGUGUGUCCUGUGAAUAAUGACCAAACCCCCCUUAAAAUGGCGAGUGUCUUAACUAGUACUAAUGCUGCUUCUGACAAUGAUAUGGAAGGGGAAAUCAUGACUGAAGCUGAAAUCUCUGAGUUUUUAAGUGGAAUUUCUACCGACUAUCUUAGCGUUAGACAAGUGUUUCCUGGACCUGAGGAGAGUACUGUUAAUUCAGAAUAUUCUGAAGACUUUGAAAAAUCUCUGUCUUUACCAGUAUCUGAGACUACAGACAGAAGAUCCUUGUCUGAAAUGUCAGUGGGGCAUUCUAACAGCUCUGUGUAUUCCAGAAAAGACCUUUCUCCCUCACUCUCAUCACUUCAAUCUAAGAAAAAAUGGCAUGAGACAGUAAGCAGAGUAACUGUGAAAGAGAUGGCUGUGCAGACAACUGAUUCUCCAUUCACCUAUCACUGGUCAAAGACCCUAACAGGAUAUAGUCCUGCAGUGUUUGCUUUGAAUGACAUGUUAAAACAGCACUUGAUACUGACCCAGCAGUUCAUGGAGACGAUCCACCAUCUUCAUUUAUCGCUUGUGGAGUCAUUGGAGAAUGAGACAUUUCAAUAUCACACACUGGCAGAAGCGAAGGAGUACAUCAAGAGUCACAAAUCCCCACCUCUGACAAUUGAGCAAGCAUUAGAAGAAGUUCAGAAAAUGAAAGAGCAGUAGCAGGAAUUACUUCGACCUUACCAUAAUGAAUAACCAUAUGUACUUUCAUAAGUGGGAUUUUUCAGUUGCAAGUCUCAAACUGAAAUAAGAUUUUCAACUGUUGUAGAAAAGGCAGAUACUGAGUUAAUUUUAUAUGUGGUGCAAAUUCAUGCCAUCUGUAAACUUUAUCCUUAUGUACAUGCUGUUCAGAAACAGGAAAGUAGCCUACCACUACAGAAAAUGGCUUAGUUUUAAUUAUGUACAUGUCUUCACAGGCAAGUUAGACUUAAAUGUGCUAAGAAAGAAACAGCACAUUAAACCUAGCAAGCAAAGAAACAAAGGAUUAUAUGUAGUGUUUGUUGCAUUAUAAAUCAGAACUUGACUUGCAUAUUUAACAUAGCGGUGAUAUGGUAAAAAAAAAAUGCAAACCUCCAGUAUUGUUCAAGUGAGGAGUCUGAAAGUGAAAGAAUAUCAACCAUAUUAAAUUAGUGCACUGCUUUAUUUUAAACUGUAUGGAUAUAAUUUUGUCCUCAAGUUAUCGAAAAAAUUUCAGAACACCUACUCCAAAAAUAAAGAAUUCCAGGCAAGUUAAGGAGAUACUUUAUCUAGGUAAAGGCAAGCCACUUACUUUGAAAAACAAGCUAAAGACAGUUUUAUAAAAGUGUUUAUUUGAAAGCAAAACAGUAAAAUUCACAAGUUGGUAACAUACAUGUCUUUUGCUGAUUCACAGACAGUUACAGUUUCACAGCUACAAUAAAUCUACAACAAGUUGAUUAUUUAC